GUUUUUACUUUAGUUCGCUUUAUCUUAUUUUGCAUAAAGAUUUUUAUCGACCGGGAGCAUUCGUCCUGAAUAUUCAUCAUGCAGGAUCACACCUGCUCUCAAUAGUUGUGUCACGGCGGGCGAUUCGUAUUUCAUAUGCAAAUCGCUCUUCUUUGAAUGUCAUCAUCAACAGUUCUAUGCUCUGGAAGGAAUUCCAAACUCACAGAUGUCUUCUUGUAGUCGUACCACUGAUGGCUUCUAAUUCUUUCAAUCUUUGUGAGCAAAUUCUGCAAGUUCUUCUGAAACACAUCAAUCCGAACCGUGAGAGCAUCAUGACUUCAACUUCAAGGCAACUUUAUGUAUCAAAUGGUUUCUAUGUUCCGUACCUAUAAUUACAACCUGCAAGUGACACUUUAUUCAAGAUGACACCACAGAAGAGGAAAGCAUUCCCCAACUUGUGGUACUCAAAAAAACUCAAAGUAACGAUGAAUUGUAUUUUGAUACUUCUGUUGGGUGCACUGUCAGGAUUUCUUCUCUGCCACUACUCUAUCGGAUCAUGUGCUCGUUUAAAACGUUGUGGUGACCUUCAUUCACCUGUGAAAGUCCUUCACUUGAGUUCUGUCUUGUCUCUAGAUUCAGGAAGAGACCAUCCUAAUGUUGAUAACCAUCAGUUCCAGACUCAAAAUGAUAAUACAGGAUCCAUCUUUGUUGGUGUGAUGACCGCAAAGAAGUUCCUUGACACCAGAGCGAUGGGCGUUUUUAGAACAUGGGCAUCAACAAUCCCUGGAAAAGUGGAAUUUUUCUCAAGUAUUCAGGAUAAAGAGGGAUACAGUGGCUUGCCUAUUGUAGAUCUUCCUGGGGUUACGGAUAACAUGUACCCACCACAGAAAAAGUCAUUUAUGAUGUUGAAGUAUAUGCAUGAUAAAUAUAUUGACAAGUAUGAGUGGUUUGUGCGAUCAGAUGAUGACGUUUUUAUCCGCGGUGAAAAACUUGCCAAAUUUCUACAUUCCAUCAACAGCUCAAAACCUUACUACAUUGGACAAGCGGGUCAAGGCCUCAAGUCAGAGGUCGGAAAACUUAGUUUGAAAAGUAAUGAGAACUUUUGUAUGGGAGGAACUUCAAUGAUUUUCAGCAGGGAGACCUUGAAACGUAUUGUGCCGCACAUCAGCUAUUGUUUGAAUCAUCUUUACACAAAACACGAAGACGUUGAAGUAGGAAGAUGUGUUGGCAAGUUUGCUAAUGUGCAGUGUACGUGGGCCUUUGAGAUGCAGCAUAUGUUCUAUCAGAACCAUGAAGAACCAAAAGGGUCGUACUCGCGAGAAGGGAAGCUGGACGAGAUACCUUCUGCCAUCACACUCCAUCCAGUGAAAGACUCACGCUAUCUAUAUCGCAUUCACAAUCAUUACCAGACCAAAAAGAUCCAAGACUUGAAGCACCGACUGAUGCAGUUACAGCGGUCAACAUUCUUCAUGGAUCAACUCCUCGGCGAUGAGCAGCAUGGGAAAUCGCCCAAGAAAUAUUUAAAAUUUGGCCUCUCUUUAACACGUUAUUCCUCUCUUUCACGGCAAGAUUUAGUUCCAUGGGACUUCUUUCACAAAUAUCAAUACAACUUAGGCAGUCAAAACCCACGUCAAGGAUUGACAAUGUUCCAGGUGAAAGGUCUAAAUCAUAUCAUUAGGAAAGUUAUGAGACUCGUUAAUAAAAAUGCUCGUCAACGAGGGCGGACUAUAGAUUAUAAAGACAUCUUGUAUGGGUAUCAGCGGGUUAAUCCGCUAUACGGUGCUGAUUACAUAUUGGAUUUACUACUAAUUUACCGUAAACACAAGGGCAAGCGGAUUACGGUAAACGUCCGGCGACAUGCCUACGUACAACAGUCAUUUUCAGAGCCUGAAAUCUUGGUUGAAGAUCUUCUUGAAUCAAGUUCAAGUCAGUCGAAUGAUCUCCAUAAAUCUGCUGCUGUGGAAGAUCCAAGAACAGUCCACUUCAUCUUACCACUGGCAGGAAGGUUUGAACCCUUCACCAGGUUUUUGAACAAUUUUGAAAACACUUGCCUGAAGACAGGCGACAAAGUGGAACUUGCUGUGGUGCUGUUUUCAGAGGUUUCAGAAAGUCGCCCCGCUGAUGUGAUACAGUUAGUCCAGAAGUUAAAAGCUAAAUAUCCAACUUAUGAUCUCAGGGUUGUUGAGUUAAAAGGUGCGUUUUCACGAGCGCUGGCACUCACCAGAGGGAGUGACUUAUACGACUCUAACGCGUUACUGUUCUUUAUCGAUGUUGACAUCUAUUUCUCCCAGGAAGCAGUGGAGAGGGUGCGUGUCAACACAAAAUUCAUGCAGCAAGUUUACUACCCCAUUGUGUUUAGCCGCUAUUCUGAGGAUGCAAUAUGCCCCCAGGGGUCGUGCUCUUUCAAUCCUUUCAUAUUCACCGACACCCAUGGCUACUGGCGUUUCUAUGGUUUCGGCAUGACUGGAAUAUACAAAGGUGACCUUGUUUCUGCUGGUGGAUUUGAUUUACGCAUUGAAGGUUGGGGGAAAGAGGAUGUUGACCUUUGUGAAAAGGUUUCAAAAACUCAUCUGCGUUUAUUCCGUGCAGCAGAUCCUGGCCUUGUGCAUUUCUUCCAUCAAUCGCACUGUGAUAAGUCUUUGCCGUCCAUUCAGUAUCAGAUGUGUCAGGGGUCUGGCGCACGGAGCUUCGCGUCACAGGAGUAUUUGGCUAACUUGGUGUACAACAACCAUCACCUACUCAACAAGGAGGUAAUCAAUAAUAAUGCUGUUGGUCCUCAAUCAACUACGAUUUCAACAAGAUGAUAAAAAUUAUCAUGUCCAUACUCCAUUCCACAAAAAACUUGCACACUGAUUUUUGGUGAUUUCGUAUAGAAAAUGAAACAGUGAAAUUUCAUCUGAAACAUGAAAGUCUAUGGAAUCUAAACUAACUUUGCCAGAAUCAGACAAACUGUACCAAGAACGAGGAGUGCUUUUUUUGCAAAAUGGAGUAUACAAUGUAGUCUGUUGUGAUUUCGUUGUAGUUUAAUAUUCUGUAAGCUCUGGCAACAAAACCCUUCUCCAGAAGGAACUUGGGGUCUUUAUUGUAUUGGCUUGGUUGUAUAGAUCUGUCGAACUUGUCUGUCAAGUUCUUGCUUCAUGGGGCCUACCUAAGAGAACACGUCUUCUGGGCAGGGAGGUCCAUGCACUCAUAGUCAAAGACACCAAAUAUCCUUCAGUUUUCAGAGUUUUUGACCUCCUUACAAGGAUUCCUCUCUGUUUGGGAAAAGAUUCGCUUGUUAUUAGGGCAACUCACUCGGGCUUGACAUUAGGAGGCCAAAGGAGUUUCAAGACAUAUGUUUGAAAUAAUUACCCUAGAAUUGAGAUGUGUCAUCAAGAAUCUAUUAAAAUGCCACCCACCUGGACCCCACCCUGUUUUGGUAAAGUCUUAAUAAUGGCCAUUGCAGUCCUUGACCUCAUCCUGAUGUGAGACUCUUUGACUGGAAGAGAUCAACAUUGCAUCUAUAAACAAUUAAAACUUAAACAGUACUGAUGACCUUGAUGUAUUUCUAUAACCUAUAAUGCUACAGUGUACUUGGUUGCCCCAGCCUGACUGAACUCAAUCACCAGCAUGUGUUUGGUUAAAGUCUAAUUAGGCGGGAGAGGAAUGUCAUUGAUCUUGAUCUCAACGAAAGUGCUCGAUUUAUCUUGAGUUCCACUCUGACAUCUUCACUCUGCCAUGCAAGUUAUGGCAAUGGUUAAUUGCAGGUCUUUCCUGGCAUGGUUUGCAGAUAUGUCCACAGGAAAUAGGCCUACUUGCAGGAAAUAGAGUAACAUCAUUUGUCAUUAGAUAAUUCUCCGCCAUUUCCCCCCAAAAGGUCCUCAACCUCGGUUUGAUUGAAGAAAUAAGAGGCAUUUUUUUAAGUGUGAAAAAGCGGAAGUGAAUCCUCAGGCCCAGAAUAGUAACAGAUUUCUUCUUUUGAUAUUCGAGCUGGCACUGCUGCAGGAAGUUAGAUUUGGGCUGGGUCAAGUAGAACAACAGUGAUGUGGCUGUGUGUUGAUGUAGGUUGACUGGCGUGUUUGUCUAACUGUAUCUGAUGAUAAGACAUCUGUGUUCUCAUCUAGCUUAUUUUUCAUUGAUUAACCCCUUGACAGUAAGUUGUAGGGUACAUUUGGUUUUGGUGUAUGUAUAUGAGUGCGUCAGCUUUUUGGUUUUGGCCUACACUUUAGCUCAACCCUCGCGGUUCGGGUGAGACGAGCAAUACCUCUAGUUUGGUAUCAAUUCCUUAGUUCAUAGUAACGUUGACUUUUCUAUCUGUUGGAGAGCAGGUUCAGUGACGCUGUGACUGGUCAUGGCUGAAUGUUCACCCCUCCAGUUAUCAUUUUCAAAAACUAAUAUUUUGGUUUGCCUCAUGGUGCUAAGCUUGUCAUAUUUGAAUUGAAUGUAUGAUAUUGAUUAAUUAUGGUACACUGCUGGUAUGAAAAGAAUCCCGUCCUGCAGGUAAUAUGAGUGGGUUUAGCCUGGAAUGAACUCUCGCUGUUGACAUAGUCCAACAACAUCAUCUCUGAGCACAGAGGGUGUGUGGAAAUGCUCUAUGGUAUUUAAGACACCUUCAUGACUGACUAGGUGUUCCUCAUUGAACUGUACUCAUUUGAGACUGAACUUUGGUGUCCUUAUGGAGUGACUACAGGGCCCGGUUGCUCAAUCAGCGUUAUCAGAAAUGUGGGGGUUGAAAUUUACUGAAGGAGAUUAUACUUUAGUUGAGCUAACUCUAGCAUUUGUCACUAACGCUUAUUGAGCAACUGGGCAUCAUUAUAGGGUUUGACACAAAUAAUAAAAAAGUGAUGCAAUUUUAAAUUUAUUUUCUGCCUUUUUUCCAGUGUAUUUUGUGUAGUGUUUGAUGAUUGCUGAUACAUAGAGACUGGUGCCAAAACUUGCCUAACUUUUUGAUAUUUCUUGAAACAGUUUGUACUCAAUGUUUGCACAUUUUUAAGAGGCAGUAAUACUUAAACAUAAAUUGCCGGUUGAAAUAUUUUGUACAUCCAUAUUUAAAAACCUGUCAUUGUAAUUGACAAAGAGUUGGUGCUAUGGAAUAUAUGCAAUAUAACCUUUUGUAUGUUAUGUCCUCUUUGUUGACCACACUGUUAAUCUCUCUUGCCAUCCAGUUUGCAUUGUUGCACUUAAAUUGAUAGUCCUCGGAGGUGUGGCAAAUGACCAUGACCAGGCUGGCACUAAUGUAGAUUUCAGACAUCUUGUGUGGAGAAGGCACUUACAUGCACCCCCACAAUGUACCCCCACAAUGCACCCCCACAAGGUACCCAAGAAGUUACCACUGUUUUGUUAGAGAGUUUUUCUUUUACAUUUUCUGAUGCAUCACAAAAUUGUCUCUGUCAUGAACUCCACAUUAGUGAUGGCUGGUGGAAACUACUACCAUUUGAUGAAUUGGAAAGAAGCAUUGCAUGUAUCAGGACGUUUAUUCAAGAGUGAUGUGUCAAGGUCAAGAUCAUGAAGAGUAUGUAAUCAUGUUAUGAGCAAGGUUGUCUGGUGGCCCUACAGGAAAUUCACAUCAAAAGCUGAACUCAACCGUCACCUUCAUGUACGAUUCUGGGUAAGGGAACUCAUAAAGUUUUGGAUCAAUUAAUAUGUUACUCCAAAUGACAAAAUAUUGUUUAUCAAGACACGAUCUGCUGAUUUAGUGGUUCAGUUAAUGAUGUAUAGCCUCUGCAAUAUCAUUGCUCUUUAGAAACACUGCCAGAAUAUUUGAUAAAUUCAUCUAUGUGCAAACUUGAUACUCUUUACAGUCAAUUGAUGUGUUCAAAUGGCAAAUAGUCCAUGUUUAUCAUUGUUGACGAAGUGAGCAGCAUUACUUAAGUACCUUUAGUACAUACAUAUAUUGGUAAGAUUUUUACCACCUAAGUGUAUGUUUGCACCAUGAUAAGUCAAAGUUUUUGUGUGGAAAUAGUCAUAAGUAUACAAGUCUGUCACUUUGUAAGCUAUAAAAGUGAGAAGAAGUAGUUACAUCCGCUCACUUGAGAUCAGAUUCGUUUUCAUUGUCUACUCUUUUGAUAACAAAAUAUGCUGCUGUAUAUCAGCUUCUCACGUCGGACAAUGACCUCUGGUAAUCUUGGCUUUAUCCAGACAUCCAAAGUCUCAGGUUAUCCAAUUCCCCAACAGAAAAAAAAGCUACAUUGUGUGUAAUCAUCAAAACGAUACAUGAGUUAUCAUCUGGUUCGUGGGUGGAGCUGGGUAAUUGGAUGAUAACAAAAUAUGCAGCUGUUAUAUGAGCUUUAUUCUCACACGUCAAACAAUGACCUCUGGUAGUCUUGGCAUCGUCCAGACAUGUAAAGUCUUGCUCACUUUCCUUGUGAAUGCUGUUCGAGAGACCGACAAAGCCAUACAGUUUUACCAAGGCUACUCAUGACUGUGAUGCGAUGUUAUGCAUCUUGGAAUGCAAGACCCCAGGUUCAAUUGAGCUAAUUUAUAACUGAUCGAUUGCUGCAAAUCUUCGCCAUGUUUACAACUCAAGCUCAUAGCGCCCAAGGCAAACAGAUGCACUCCACAUAGUUUUUUUCUAGUGGGUUUUCAUCUGGCUAAAUGUAUUGGAACAAGAGUAAACUAAAGUGUAGUGGUGGUGUGUAUUGGGUGAAAACCACUACGUCUUGUCUUGGGUAUCGGUUCAAAUCUCGUCCUGGGUAAUUUGAAUUCGCUUGAAUGACAUUCAAGGGAAAGGAGUAAGGGUUACAAUAGUAGGGGAACAUCACUAUGCAAAUUUGGCUUGAUAGCUUGACAUUCAUUUACUGAUGGACAAUUCUAGUCUUUGGCACCUAAAAGCAUGUAGCACUGUUAAAGUACAAUUUGGAAGUUUAUAGCUUCACUUGUUAGGAAUUACGCCACAAAAAUGAUAUUUUUGGAAAUUGGUUUUGCACAAGUUCAAUGAAAUGAGUGGCUGAAAAGUAUUAAGGCUUUGGUUGUAUUUUUCUUAUUGUAACUUAUCAUGUAAGCGGUUAAUGGACCAAUUUUGAUUGGUGCCUUUACUUAUGGAUUCUGGUGCUGUGUUAUAGUUAUAGAUUUUGAAAACAUUAUAUCUUGAUAAAUAAUCAAAGCAUGCAAUGGUGAGCAGGUUUGUAAUUGAGAGAGAGGGAUGAUGUAUAAACAAGUUAAUUAAUAAAGCACUUUAUUUGUAAUC